AGGACAAUCAAUUGGAAAAAACAUUCAGAUUUGCAAGGAAUCUUUUUGAAGUUGGUUAAAUAUUAUCAAAAUAUGUUACUAAGUAGGUGUUUUGUUCGUGGUUUUAGAAUUUGGCACAGUGCAGCAGUUCAACAAAAGCAAACUUCAAAAGCCGAUUGGUUGGAGCGGACACAACGAUUUAAUAAUACCGUUCAAAAAAUCGUAUCUGAUGUGAUAGCCAACGGUGAAGUUGGUAAAACACCAUCUCUAGCCAAACGAUUAACUAAGUUAAUGGAGUAUGAUACUCUAUUAAGAAUACCUCUGCAAGGACACAUGACAAUGAUGGCUUACGAAGUGUUGGAGAAUCCCAAAAACCUCAAUGAGCAGAAUUUAUACAAAGCACAAGUUGUAUCAUGCGCUAUGGAAUUGACACAGUCUUAUUUCCUCGUCAUGGAUGACUUCGAAGACCAAUCUAAGACGCGGCACGGACAGCCCUGUUGGCAUUUGUUGCCCGAAGUCAACAAUUUGAUCGUAAACGACGUCUGCAUUUUCCGAAGUCUCAUAGACGACAUAUUAAAAGCUCAUUUCCAAGGUUCUGUUUACACCAAAAUGGUAGAUAUAUUCAACAAGAUGAAUUUAUUUAUUGCCAUCGGCCAGCACCUAGACACUAUGAUACCUAAAGCAAAAGACUAUUCCUUAUUUACACAAGAGAACUAUAAUAAAAUAAUAAGGUACAAGUGCACGUACUAUUGCUUAGAAGUUCCAAUAAUGUUGGCCUUGAUUUUAUGCGAAAAGGACACUGAGGAAACUUUCCAGCGCGUCACUCAUAUAGUCCGUGACGUAGGCGCUUUGUACCAGAUGAUGAAUGAUUUCACGGAAUUUUGCGAUGAGGAGAGUAUAUCUGAUAAAACCGAUACUGACAUACAAGCAGGGAAAUGCUCUUAUUUCGCUGUGAAGGCGAUGGAGCGUGCGAAUGCUGAACAGAAGGAGAUAUUUAAAGCGUCAUAUGGCAGCUGGGAUCCCGAAGAUGUUAGACGCAUAAAGAAACUAUAUAAGGAUUUGGAUUUAAUUACCCUUUAUAAGGAACAACAUAAAUUCAAGUACAACCAGUUUUUGAAUAAUGUUAAUGAACUUCAAUCAGACGAUGUCUUGACACCAGAAUUGUUCACGAAAUUAAUGGAGGCUUCCCAUUUAAACAAUUGGAACAUAUACUAGCGCUGAACAACAAUACGGAUUUUUUAAUAUGAAAAUCAUAGGCGUCGGUAGCCAAUGAAUUAGACUAGGUCUAGGCCAAGUAAUUGUAUUAAAAAAGAGAGAGUAUAUUUUUUCAAUGUGUAUUUAAUUUGUUUAACAUGUUAUGCUUUUAUUUUUUUAUAAGUAAAUGGAUCGAUAUAAUAAUAAGAGUAAAUCCGUGUUUGUUUUUCAUACGAAGUCACACAAUCUUACGCAACGUGUCGUUCCACACAUUUUACAUUUUUGCUAGGAAAAUAUAUUAAGGUCGAUCAUUAACAAAGCGCGUUUUUCCACCAUUCAAUGACAACUGUCACCAGUCAUUCGAUCGUCAUCUUGACAUCUAUCGUGCACUAUGCACAUUCAGCCAGUACUCAAAAUUAUUAAUGGCCAGUAACUUUAAUCGUCCAAAAAGUAUUAAUCAUUUCGCGCCGUCAUAUACGUAAUUUACCCGAAAUUCUUAAGUUGAAGGAAAACACCGUGAUUUAGGCUCCGAGCCCCCCGGUGGGGACAUAUGGUGAUAAUCAAACAUAUUAAGAGCGGGAGCACCCCUUUGACUACACACAAACAACACGCUGCUAUGCGAUAAUCGAUUGUUUCGCAGCCAAUUCAACUGUUUAGUUGCACAACUAAAACUCGAAUAAUGUGCGCACCUCCGGA